AUAAAGCGUGACCAUCAGCCAUUGAAGUGAAGAAGUGUACUGAAAACAAGUCCUGAAAAGGAAGAAGCAGAACCAGAGCUUUAAUGGCGCAUUAGCGUUGCACUUCUCCUCUUCGAUUCCCUUUACAGUUUUACAGAAGCAUCUAACAAAGCAAAGCAAAAGGGAAAAUAAGAAAAGAAACUUGUUUUGAGGAAGCAAACAAAAACUUUUCUUAAAGGAAUUAAUCCAUAGUUUCAAGAAAAUUAAGAAAGGAAAAAGAUUAAAAACGAAUACCCAAUACAGUUUUGAGGAAGGAGAGAAUAAGGAAUAGUAGAAGAAUGCAAGAAAUCAUGAGAAGGAGAGAGAUCCUUGCAGUGUUAGUAUUGUUCUUUGGUGUUUUUGCAACGACAUCGUUUUCUAGCAAUGUCACGUAUGAUCACAGGGCCUUGCUGAUUAAUGGCAAACGACGUGUUUUGAUCUCCGGCUCCAUUCAUUAUCCUCGCAGCACCCCUGAGAUGUGGCCAGACCUUAUACAAAAAUCCAAAGAUGGAGGUCUGGAUGUUAUAGAGACUUACGUAUUCUGGAAUGAACACGAACCAGUUCGAAACCAGUUUAAUUUUGGAGGAAGAUUCGACCUGGUGAAAUUUGUGAAGUUAGUCGCUGAAGCUGGGCUAUAUGUUCAUCUUCGAAUUGGUCCAUAUGUUUGUGCAGAAUGGAAUUAUGGCGGCUUUCCUCUUUGGCUCCAUUUUAUACCUGGAAUCAAGUUUCGAACAGAUAACGAGCCAUUCAAGGCUGAAAUGCAGCGAUUCACGGCCAAGAUUGUGGAUAUGAUGAAGCAGGAGAAGCUUUAUGCAUCUCAGGGAGGACCCAUCAUUUUAUCACAGAUUGAAAACGAGUAUGGUAACAUUGAUUCAGCAUAUGGUCCUGCUGCUAAGACUUACAUCAAAUGGGCAGCAAACAUGGCUGUAUCUCUUGAUACUGGUGUGCCCUGGGUCAUGUGCCAACAAGCAGAUGCUCCUGAUCCUGUUAUAAACACCUGCAAUGGAUUCUACUGUGACCAGUUUACCCCGAAUUCUAAGAACAAACCCAAAAUGUGGACUGAGAAUUGGAGUGGGUGGUUUCUAUCCUUUGGUGGUGCUGUUCCCUACAGACCUGUUGAAGACCUUGCAUUUGCUGUGGCACGCUUUUUCCAGCUAGGUGGAACUUUCCAAAACUAUUAUAUGUACCAUGGUGGGACUAACUUUGACAGGACUAGUGGGCCCCUUAUUUCUACAAGUUACGAUUAUGAUGCUCCUCUUGAUGAAUAUGGACUCAUUAGACAACCUAAGUGGGGCCACCUGAAGGAGGUGCACAAGGCCAUAAAACUUUGUGAAGAAGCUUUGAUAGCCACUGAACCAACAACUACUUCCCUAGGUUCAAACUUGGAGGCAACUGUCUAUAAAACAGGAUCAGGAUCCUGUGCUGCUUUUCUUGCCAAUGUUGCUAUGACCGACAAAACAGUAACUUUCAAUGGAAACUCAUAUAAUUUGCCUGGCUGGUCCGUGAGCAUCUUACCAGACUGCAAGAAUGUGGUUCUCAAUACUGCAAAGGUUAACUCUAUGACUAUUAUUCCAAGCUUCACCCAUCAAUUUCAGGCGAGUGAUGUUGCUUCGUCCAACGCACUCAACUCUGUCUGGAGUUGGAUAAAUGAACCAGUGGGUAUCUCAACGAAAGAUGCAUUUGUGAAAUCUGGACUAUUGGAGCAGAUAAACACUACAGCUGAUAAAAGUGACUACUUAUGGUACUCAUUAAGCAUUAACAUAAAAGGCAAUGAACCCUUCCUUGAAGAUGGAUCUCAGACUGUUCUUCAUGUGGAGUCUCUUGGCCAUGCCCUUCAUGUUUUUAUUAAUGGGAAACUCGCAGGGAGUGGAACAGGCAAGAGUAGCGGCAGUCCUAAGGUUGCAGUUGAUAUUCCCAUUACAGUUGUACCUGGGAAGAACUCUAUUGAUCUCCUAAGUUUGACUGUUGGACUUUAUAAUUAUGGAGCUUUUUUUGAUCUAGUGGGUGCUGGAAUAACUGGUCCAGUACAGCUGAAAGGGAAAAAUGGCACUACUGUUGAUCUCUCUUCACAGCAAUGGACAUAUCAGAUCGGGCUUAAAGGUGAAGAAUUAGGUCUUUCCACCGGAAGUUCUUCACAAUGGAUUUCACGGCCUAACUUGCCUACUAAACAGCCCUUGAUAUGGUACAAGACCAGUUUCAAUGCCCCUGCUGGCAAUGAUCCCAUUGCAAUUGAUUUCACGGGAAUGGGGAAGGGUGAGGCAUGGGUGAAUGGACAAAGCAUUGGACGUUAUUGGCCGAUCAUUGCGUCUCCAAAUAGCGGUUGCACCGACUCUUGCAAUUACAGAGGAGCCUACAAUGCGAACAAAUGCUUGAAAAACUGUGCAAAGCCUUCUCAGACUUUGUACCAUGUACCCCGUUCGUGGGUGAAAUCAACCGGCAACACCCUUGUAUUGUUUGAGGAAGUAGGUGGGGAUCCAACACAGAUAGGUUUUGCUACAAAACAGGUUGAAAGUUUGUGCUCUCACAUAUCGGAGUCCCACCCAUUACCUGUAGACAUGUGGAACACAGAUUCAGAAGCAAGAAAAAAAUCUGGACCUGUACUGUCCCUGGAAUGCCCACAUCCUAAUCAGGUCAUUUCUUCAAUCAAGUUUGCAAGCUUUGGAACCCCACAUGGAACUUGUGGGAGCUUCAGCCAUGGCCAAUGCAGCAGCAGCAGUGCUCUUUCCAUUGUGCAGAAGGCUUGUGUUGGAUCAAAGAGUUGCAGCCUUGGUGUAUCAGUCAACACGUUUGGGGAUCCUUGCAUGGGAGUUAAAAAGAGUUUAGCAGUAGAAGUUUCCUGUACAUGAGAUUCUGCUCAAAGCAUUCACUUUUCUUGGGACACAACCAAAGCCUUGUUCCCAAGUGUUUAUCAUAUUAAAUAAGCAUACUUUCUGAUUAUCAAAGUUAAAUAUGAAAGGAAAGAAGAAUGAGGUUUCACCUUUAAAAGUGCUCUAAUAAAUUUUUCAACAGCAGUUAUUCUGUUUUGGGAGAAAUUUUUUUGUUUACCUUCUCUUUUCUGUAAAGGAAAUACUGGAAGGAAACAAGAUUUAAGAGUUUUCCCUGACUUUAUUCAAGCAACUUGAAUUGGCUACUUCCAAUAGAGGGUUGUGAAUCUAUCUAAAUUACUUACAGUAAUAGCAAAUGUAUCAUUAUUCUAAAUUGUGAUAAGGCUCUUUUGAAUCUCUAUAAAUAUCUGCAGUACUUGAGACU